CUAAUUUCGUUGGAUCUAAUUCGUCUCGACAGAAAAUAACAAUAAUGCAUCGGCUGGAAACUGCUAUGAGGUGUUCUUGAGCUUCAGAGGCCUAGAUACUCGACAUGGCUUCACCGAUCACCUCUACCAUGGGCUCCUAAGAGGUGGAAUUCACGCUUUCAAAGAUGAUGAUGAGCUUUGCCAAGGCAAGGACAUCAGGCCAGAGCUUAUGGUAGCCAUCACAAAUAGUAAGAUCUUGAUCCCGAUUUUCUCUGUGAAUUAUGGUACAAGCAGUUGGUGCCUGGAUGAACUGGUUCAAAUAAUGGAGCGUAAUAAUAAUAAUGGGCAGAUAGUUUUGCCUAUAUUCUACAAAGUGAAACUAGCUGAAGUGCAAUAUCAAACCGGGAGAUUUGGAGAGGCAUUUCAUGAGCGUGAGAGUCGUUGGCAUGAGAGGUCUUCUUUUGACCCAACGACUUUGGACAAAUGGAAGCAAGCACUCCUUGAAGUCAGCAACUUGAAAGGAUACGAGGCCGAUGGGUCUGAAGUAGAGUUGGUGAAAUCGGUUGUUCAAAAAGUGUUGAAUGAACUAAAGAAAAAGUUUGAGUUGAUUAUUUCUGAGAAUUUGGUAGGAAUUGAUAGUCAUGUGAAGAAUGUUAUGGAACUUCUGGAUGAUAAAUCUCAUCCCCUCCUAUUUGUUGGCAUCCAUGGAAUGGGAGGCAUUGGUAAAACUACUCUUGCUAAAACCAUUUACAACAUGCUAUUCGAUCAAUUUGAGCAUCAUAGCUUCAUUGCAAAUAUAAGGGAAUCAUGGAAGCGUGGUGCUCAUGACUUACAAAAUCAGUUGAUCUUUGAUUUAUCAAAUCAAAAAAAUGAAGUUCGUAAUAAGGAUGAAGGGAUUAAUUUCAUCUCCUCCAUGUUUAAAGAUAAAAAGGUCCUUCUUCUUCUUGAUGAUGUGGAUAAGGUCGAUCAAGUGAAGUGUUUGGCCGGUAAUCAUGAUUGGUUUUCUUUGGGAAGUAUGAUCAUUAUUACCACCAGAAACAAGGGAAUUCUUGAAUUAGCUGGGGUGGAUCACAACUAUGACCUCACGGAAUUGGAUCACCAUCAAUCUUUGAUUCUGUUUAGCAAACAUGCGUUUCGAAAGGACUUUCCUCCAAGUGAAUUUGAGGACCUCACUCAUGAAGUUGUAUCCACCACCGGAGGACUUCCCUUGUCCCUUGAGGUUUUAGGUUCAUCAUUGUGUGGAAAAGAGUCAAAAGAAUGGAGAGAGAUGAUAAAAAAGUUAAGAAAGGUCCCUCAUAUAGAAGUGCGAGAAAAGUUAAGGAUAAGUUAUGAUGCAUUAGAAUAUGAACAAAAAAAAAUAUUUUGGAUAUCGCUUGCUUUCUCAUUGGCACUGACGGGACAAUUGCAUUCUACAUGUGGGAUGCUUGUGACUUUUUUCCAGGGGAGAAUAUUGAAGUAUUGAGAUUUAUGUCUUUAAUAAAAAUUGGAGAUGAUCAUGAGCUCCGAAUGCAUGACCAAUUAAGAGAUCUUGGUAGGGCAAUUGUUUGUGAGGAAAACCAGGAACAACCUUGGCACCGUAGCAGGUUAUGGGAUUCUGUGGAAGCCUUGAAUGUGCUAAAGAGAAAUAAGGUAACCGUUUCUCUUCUUUUGUUUCCUUAGUCCAUGUUCUCUUGUUAGAGUAGUGUUGGUCCUCAACUCAGUGCUUGCUCUAGUGAACAUAGAACCUUCUAAUAUUAGUUUCCUUCAUUCGUUUCAUUGACAUGAUUAGAAAGUAGAGGAGGUUGCUUCUCUCUUGAUAAGUAUCGCAGCUUAUCUAAGAUAUUUCUUAAGUUAUCUCCAA